GACAGCCGAGAGACAGAGCCGGACAAAGGACAACAGGGGCACCAGGAAAGCUCUCCAGAUCUGGACGGACACCACUCCGGCAUGGGCCCCUUCUCCACCAUCGUUAUGAGUGUCCUCCUCUUCCUGGCUCUCCAGCUCCCGGGACCAGCAAGUGCCACCCCCAUGUACAGUGCCGUGCCCAGCGCAGACCUGAUGGAGUUCAAGAACUUGCUGGACCAUCUAGAGGAGAAGAUGCCUUUGGAGGAUGAGGUGCCCGGACAGGUGCUGAGUGAGCAGAGUGAGGAGGCAGCGGGUUCGUUCAGCCCCCUCCCCGAGGUGCCUCCCUGGACUGGAGAGGUCAGUCCGGUCCAGAGAGAUGGAGGUGCCCUUGGGCGGGGCCCCUGGAACCCCUCUGACAGAUCUGCACUCCUUAAAAACAAGCUGAGGGCCCUGCUCAACACCGCCCCCCGGAGCCUAAGGAGGUCCAGCUGCUUCGGCGGCAGGAUGGACCGGAUUGGAGCCCAGAGUGGAUUGGGCUGCAACAGCUUCCGGUACUGAAGCUCAUGCCCAGAAGGCGGCCCAGGCCCCUGCAGACAUCAAGAGGUCCGCAUCCCAGAGGCCCCACCCAGACUAGUCCCAUCUCAUCACCAUGGAGUCCAGCUGUGACCAGCACCCCGUCAAGCUGCAGCCCCCUCCAUCGAUGUUUCUCACACUUUGUGUUGAAUGUAGAUGAUGUGGUUUCCCCACCUUCCCUACCACUGUAGUCAGUCUUGGGGGACAUUCUCACCAGUGAUUGAAAUCAGUUUGGAGAACAAAAAAAAAAAAAAAAAAAAAGAAUAAACUUCAGCACCACGGACAGA